ACCUCAUCUCUCGAAUCGGAAGAAAUCCAGCUCGUCAUCACCGCCUUUCCCCUUCCCAUCGCAUCUAUUACCGGUGGCGAUGCACGAAACGGAGAUUCACGAUUUGUCCGACGACGCCGAUUACGCCGCCGCAUCUAAACAAGGCUCGUCAAGUAUGACCCGUAGUGAUAGUAGUAAGCGAAGCUCUUCUAGCGAUCCCGAAGAUGCAGAAGUAGUGUACCUGAAGGAUAAUGUGACGAUUCAUCCAACUCAAUAUGCCACAGAGAGGAUCAGUGGGCGUUUGAGGUUGAUUAAGCAGGGCUCUUCACUAUUCAUGACAUGGAUACCUUAUAAAGGUCAAGGCUCAAAUGCGAGGCUGUCUGAGAGAGAUAAAAAUUUGUAUACCAUAAGAGCAGUACCAUUUUCUGAGAUUCAGUCAAUUCGUCGGCAUACUCCAACAAUUGGGUGGCAGUACGUUAUUGUUGUUUUAUCAUCUGGUCUAGCGUUCCCUCCGCUUUACUUCUAUAGUGGAGGAGUACGAGAGUUUCUUGCAACAAUUAAGCAACAUGUACAUAUCGUCAGGUCGGCAGAAGAUGCAAAUGUGUUUCUUGUAAAUAACUUUGAAGAUCCUUUUCAGAGAACUUUGUCUUCAUUGGAGCUUCCGAGAUCUCUUGCAAACGGAACACCUUCAUCUUCCUUUACAGGUUCUCCCUCUGAUGGUAAUCAGGAGAGACAAGAGGAUCAUGUGAGUAGUGUACAGCAAAACAACAGGCAGAGGCAAAAAAACCAUGAUCCUGCUCGAGAUCUUUCAAUUCAAGUUUUAGAGAAAUUCUCUCUUGUGACGAGGUUUGCUCGAGAGACGACUUCCCAACUCUUCCGUGAGAGCCUUGUUGAUGGUCAUGGUCCAACUGAGAAGAGGAAGAAUAAUUGGGCUUCCAAAGACCACCAGCAUCAGGAAGCAGCCUUGAAUGAUGUGGAAAAUGUUCCCACUAAAGUUCCAGUAGCCUCUGACCCUUUGGAGUUUGAUAAAUUAACACUUGUAUGGGGGCAACCACGGCAGCAUCCUUUGGGACCUGAAGAGUGGUCAACCUUUUUGGAUGCUGAAGGCCGAGUUGUGGAUCCAAAUGCUUUGAAGAAGAGAAUAUUCUAUGGGGGAGUGGAGCACAACCUGCGAAAAGAGGUUUGGGCAUUUUUAUUGGGAUAUUAUCCAUACAAUUCUACAUUCGCAGAGAGGCAGUAUGCUGUGUCGGUUAAGAAGUCAGAGUAUGGAACCAUCAAAAACCAAUGGCAGAGCAUUUCCCCAGAACAGGCAAAAAGGUUUACAAAAUUCAGAGAAAGGAAGGGUCUUAUCGAGAAAGAUGUGGUAAGGACCGACAGAUCACUGCCAUUCUAUGAGGGGGAUGGCAAUCCCAAUGUACGCCUUAUGCAUGAUAUAUUGUUGACUUACUCGUUCUACAACUUCGAUCUUGGUUAUUGUCAGGGCAUGAGUGAUCUCCUCUCCCCAUUGUUAUUCAUCAUGAGAGAUGAAUCAGAAGCAUUUUGGUGUUUUGUUUCUCUAAUGGAACGGCUAGGACCAAACUUCAACCGUGAUCAGAAUGGCAUGCACGCUCAACUUUUUGCACUGUCAAAGCUGGUGGAACUACUAGACAGCCCAUUACAUAAUUACUUCAAGCAGAAUGAUUGCUUGAAUUAUUUUUUCUGCUUCCGCUGGAUUCUUAUUCAAUUCAAAAGGCAAUUCGAAUACGAUAAAACACUGAGGUUAUGGGAGGUUUUAUGGACUCACUAUCCCAGCGAGCAUCUUCAUCUUUACGUAUGUAUUGCUAUCCUUAAAAGAAAUAGGGUCAAAAUAAUGGGGGAGCAGAUGGACUUUGACACCCUCUUGAAAUUCAUCAACGAAUUAAGCGGUCAAAUCGACCUCGAUCCAGUUCUUCGUGACGCAGAGGCUCUGUGUGUGUGUGCGGGUGAGAACGGCGCUGCUUCAAUUCCCCCAGGAACUCCACCUUCGUUGCCCAUCCAGGAUGGCUCCAUAUAUCAACAGCAAGAUGAUGAGGUGUUGUAGAACAUGAUUCGAGUGAAACCAAGAACAUGAAAGACGAUCGGUAAGUACAGUAUAUUGAUGUGUAAUCAUUUGUGUAUCAGCAUAUGUUAAUUCCAAUGUUUGAAUGAAGAUUGUGUCGUCUUGCAAUU